AUGUUUCGAGAGUUGUUCAAUCCCUAUGAAGAAGAAAUUGCUUGUGAAUCGGAGUCUUGUCAGGAAUCUCUACAACGGUUCGAUCUUGAUGAACACAAUUUGAUUUAUGAAGAGAUCUCGUCUACUUUGCCCAGUACGAGCACAUCAUCACGAAACGGCGUACUUAACCCACAUCAAGAUGAAUUGGAGCACGGUAGUCCUAGACAUCGGCCACCCUCGACGCUUAAUCAUUCAAUGAUCGACGAAUGGAUCGUCAACCACCAACCCGAAGAGGAAGCCUUGUUGCAACUCCUCGAGUUCUUUUAUACGGGAGAGCUGACCUACAGUAUUCAACAGGCUCUGAAUCUUCUUGUAGUAGCUCAGAAAUAUCUCGUUCAAGGAAACUUGAUUGAAAGUAUUCAAGUGGAGCUUGAGACCAAUAUCAAACCUUCCAACUGUUUUGUUAUUUUCAAAGAACUACUAGCUCUCAACACUCCACUGGACCCAUUUCUUGAACGAAUACUCCACACAUGCGUCUCGGAAAUGAGUAAGAACUUGGAUACCAUUUUGACCUCCAAUAAGAGUGAAUUAUUGAACUUUUCUCCAUCCACUUUGACGACCUUUUUAAAGGCAGCGACCAAGAUCAAGUAUGGGCUUCGCUGUGAUGGAAAGAAGUUGUUGAGAUUUAUUAUUGAUUGGCUCAUGGAAGAUGUUGACAAUCGAAAGACUUUUAUGCCCGAAAUUAAAUCACUGGAAGCCCAAAUUAAUUACCAAUUCAAAUACUGA